AUGGACAUACCUCCUUAUUCCUUUUAUCUCUCAAAGCUUUUGCAGUUAAAUAUGUCAAUUUUCAUUUAAUUUAUGAAGAAACAAUUUAAAUGAGGCCUGUAUGGAGUGCUAUUAGUGGUGUAGUAAAAACAAUUUCAUAUCCAUCAACAGUUGACUAUCUGGUAGUUGUUCGUCAGAGGAGCUUGCAGUUAGAAGUUUUUAUUUCCCCCGUCUGGUAUAUUGCAUUUACUCUCACAGCUUUAAAGGCAUCCUGCAUGUAUUUGCUUGUGCGUGUUUAUUUAAACACUCAACAGUCGAGUGAAACUAAAUCACAUUUAAGUCAGCCUUUGCCAUGGGCAAGCUCAGAAAGCAGGGCACAGUGCCCACUCCCCGCCGCUGGCUGUGAUCACUGCUGUAUCUUGUGUCCCAUUCAGACAAGUAGCCAUUCAGCAAGGCAAAGAAAGACUGAUGGAGGGAGGAGAAGAGUGCUGCCAGCUGCCAAUGACUGCACCACUAGAUCUUUGGGAACCUGUUGCAGCAGGUUUUUCUUUCGGAAUAUCUUAUUGCUGGGCUAGCCUGGACGAGUGCCAGACACACACACACACAGUCACACGGAAAAUGAGGAUGAUAUUCCGGGCUGCCAAAAUCUGAAACCCAUCCAUCAACUGUUUUCAUACACAUUUAGUCAGGCAAUCUGAUCGAAGUGCCUCACUGUCAGGGUGACGGUGGAUAGAGGUGCACAGACCUGAGAGGGAAAUGGACUCGGCAGAGGUUGCAGGUCUGAGAAGGAAAAUCUGACGGGAGCGACAAACAAGAAGAGAGCGUCUAUCAAAAACCAAGUGUAAGAGACAGAAUUGCACACAGAAUGUCACAGUCCCCAACAUUUUCCCUUGGCAGCAGCAGCAGCAGCAGCAGCAGCAAGUGUCAAGCAUCGGCCCCUCAGACCAGAGGGCACAGGGAUGCCUGCUUCCCUGAGCAAGAAAGUACCACCUUCCACUUGAGAACUCCAACUCUGACCAGACAACACAGUGCUGAUGGUACCAUCCGCUCUGAAUCCGAAUCAGCACCAGAAAGAGGGCCAGUGAACCGCUUCCAUCCAUACCGCCGACAGUUCAGCGAUGGGGCGAUGGAGGCCGCCGGCUUUCUCCAUCAGUGCUCUUCAGCCUUCAACAGCCUGCAGGAAGUGUGCAGUCCUGAAGUUUGCUUGCACAGUAGUGAUGUACCAACGACCUGGAACAGUUACAGCAGCAGCACUCAGGGCUCAUUCUCAGAGCUUCCAGCUACACAACUGGAGCCCACCAGCUUCCAGAGACAUCCAUCGUACGGCUCACUGAGCCCCUUGCAGCAGGUCCAGUCUAAACUGUAUCCCAAUGGCGACCAUCCAAACAGCUCCAAAUAUGGCGUCCAGACGCCGUCGUCACAAACACACCAGGAGACACAGUCUUCUUUCCCAAAGCCUAUUUACUCAUACAGCAUCCUGAUUUUCAUGGCUCUGAAGAACAGUAAAACAGGGAGUCUUCCAGUCAGUGAGAUCUACAGCUUCAUGACUGAACACUUCCCAUAUUUCAAGACAGCUCCUGACGGAUGGAAGAACUCCGUGCGGCACAACCUGUCUUUGAACAAAUGCUUUGAGAAGGUGGAGAACAAAAACGGGAGCGCUUCUCGUAAAGGAUGUCUGUGGGCUCUCAAUCCGGCCAAAGUAGAGAAGAUGCAGGAGGAGCUGCACAAGUGGCGCCGCAAAGACCCCAUGACGAUCCGCAGAAGCAUGGCAAGGCCAGAAGAUCUCGAUCAUCUUGUGGGAGAGAAGCCAGACAAAUUCAGGCGCCUGCCACCUUACACCAGCACAGCUUUACUGUCCAGAGUGGCCCCUCUCUGCAGCACCACCUCGCCAACUUCUGCUCCGACCCAGUUUCAGCCAACGUGCCACCACACGAGAAGUUCGCAGUACUCCCACAUUCAACCCCAGCAGCCCUACUACCUCCCCCCGACUGCUGCUCACCCCAGCAACUCCUUUGCUCUGUACUCGCCCUGUGAAGCACAUCCUGCAGCGGGAGUGCCAGCAGCCACCGGCAGUCUGAACUCCCCGAUUGCUGGGAAGAUGCCUCCAGUUUUCAACGCCGCCCUGCAGGCUGAGUACAGUGUCAGUCCGAGGGGCAUGCAGGACCUGCUGCUGGAGGGAGACGCCAGUUAUGACAUAGACGCCCUCAACCCCAGCCUCACCGACCUGCAGCUGCACGGUAACGUGUGGGAGGAGCUAAGGGAUGACAGUCUGGAAUCCGAGUCUCACGUUGCCACGGCAACCUCUUCAGCCACCUUUCUCUUACAGGACCACUGCCCACAGGCUGGCUUUAUGCAGGUCCCAUCCUCUUUCAGUCACAACACGGCAAGCAUCCCAGCAGGCCGCUGUAAAGCCGAAUACGAGGACAGGAACACGGACAGAAGUUGCUGGAAUGGACUGCAUCCGGUCGCGUAUUCGGGAGUUGAGAGCCUGGCAGGAUAUCUUACGUCCUGCACUACAUCCCUGUCCUUGGUGUAAAGUCCUCAGUUUCUCCUUUAACUUAACUGUUUUGUGCAAGCCAGGAUCAAGAGUAUUUUUUCAUGCAGCUUUGUGAUUUUUUUUCCUUUGGCUUGGUGGCUUUGACCCAUCGAAACCCCCGUUUAUCACUAUGUGACAAACAAUAUAGAGGACCAAUGUUAAGACUUUGCAUUUACAGUCAAAUGAUGGUGUUUCUGCUUAUUUAAAAUAACUUUUGUUUCUUAGAAAAAGCGAUUAUAGCCUAUACAAAAGGAGCACAUUUAAAUAUUUAAGCUUAUUCUGGAUUUUCAAAGUGUUUAAUUAAAUAGAGCAUCAGUGGAGGAUCUCUCAUAUAUAUCUGCAGUUUUUAAUGCAAAAAUUGUCUCUUAAACAAUCCCACCUCAAUGUGCGGAUCAAAGAAAUGCAGAGCAGUUUCCCUCCUUGCUGAGGCUGGACAUCAAAAUACUUUCUCCAAAUCCUGAAGUAGAGUCAAAGCAACAGGACUUAAAAUCUUCCUCGGAUUGAUGAAGCCACUUGGAUGAGCAGCGAAACGUUUCAAGGAAGAAGAUUUUACACAUCAAGACAACGCCACCUGGAUAAAUGAUUCACGUCCAAACGACAGAGACUCACACAUCGGCAACUAUUUAAUACAGGCGAGUAUCCAGCCUCAAGUUAGAACAUUUCUGAUGAAAUGUGUUAUUAGAUUCUUUUGAACAGGUUUCUAUUUAUUUACCUUUAACUGAACGUUUUGUUUCACAAAGGGUUUUUUUUUUCUCAAGUCGUGUAAUUUAUGUGCGUUGUCUUGUUUUGUUGUUUGUAAUUGUAUAAAUUCUCAUCUUUUUAUGUAAAAACUUAAACAAAUUCCAGGUUUAGCAUCAGUGGAAUUGAAUACUGUUGUCUUCAAUCGUUAUUUUUGCAAUGCUUUCUAAAUGACACUAAACAAGGUGCAUCCAUGCUGUUUUUCUCACUUUUGGUGCCAAAUUAGGACAGCUUUAAGUUUUAAGUUGUGUUAUUUUGAAAAGUGAAUGACAACAACUUGAAACUCAAACUUACACUCUAGUGUUGGAUAUAGGUGCAUUAGUGAGCAUCUUUUGCAUCGGAGUCUUACCUGUACUUCGACAGACACAAACUUCAUGAUCAUUUUUUCACUAUAAUUUUUGGGAAGAACAGAGUGCUGUUUGCCAGAAAUGUAGCAUUCAAUAGCCAAUAAAAAAUAUUACCUUUAACCCUGUAAAGCCUACUAUAUCAAAUAAUUGAUAGAAAAUUCAUAUUUUGACAGAAUUAAGAUGUAUUUUAAAUUCAUUUGAAAAAAAUCAAUUGGAAAUUUUGCAACAUCCUAUUGUUCAUGAAAUAUAGAUAUUCUUAAUUAUGAUAGGUUGCUGGGUGACUUGGUAAACCUUUGCGGAACACAAUGUUAGCUUAUAUGGAAAAAAAUGUUGACAUGGAUGUUAAAAAAAAAAAAAAUCUCCUUCUUUACCCACCGUUUCAAAUUUGAUACAUUUUAACAUGAUUGUAUUAGAAAGAAUUAUCAACAAAUUUUACACUCUCUCAAUACAGCUAGUAGCCAUAAAAAAUAUAAAUAACAAUUCAUGAGUUAUUCCCACCAUAAAGUUUUAAAAGUUAGUUAAACUUUUUCCCGCCAAAAGUAUUUUUGAGAUUACAUGGAGGCAGCCAUUGUGACAUGAGCAUGAAAAGCCCUUCUACUGCUCCUAGUGGAAUGAUGAUGAACUAAAGGGCAGGAAAACAUGGACUAGGAUAAAUACAAGUGGCUUUUUAAGGAAAGUUUUGACCAUGCUAUUGAGACUGGGGUCUUAGAAAUAUAUCAGUCAAAUAUGAUACAAAUGGCUUUAUGGGGUUAAAUGUUUGAGGCGACUUAUGAGCUAUUAUAUGUUACUUUUGCAAAAUACAUCUUGAAUCACUUGGAUGUUUCCAUUGUGGACAUUUUGUUUACAACAAACACUUUAAUCAGGUUUUGAUUUUCUAGCAGAAAUGAUCAAAGUUUCCACUGUCAGGGUGUGCACAGGGCCUGAAAAUCCCACCUUCAUCAUUCUGAAAAUUCACAUUAACUGUAUAGCAGAACUGGACUGGGUGUGUGUGAGGUCACCUACACAAAAUGCCUUUCUUCAAGCGACAGUAAAAUGAAACCAAUUUCGUUGCCAUUCUUCUGUGAUUUUUACGUCGCCAUGUUGGAGCCAGACGCCAGUGAUUGGUCUAAAUUGGUCUGAGACAACGUUUCUAUGGCAACUACUGUCACCAACCAGGAGUCAGCUUGUUGGAAGUCCACACUUAUUCCACUUAAAGUUGAUCAGGAGAAUCAAACGUUCAAGGUGGGGCCAGCGGGCUCAACCUGCUUUAACUGGGGCAUCUGAUUGGUCAGUUUAUAACUUAACUUGUGAUAAAGUAAAAGUAUCAUGAAAAAAAGGAUUAGCAAGAUCAUGCUUAAAAAAAUGUAUCAGAGCUAAAAUUCUGACAAAUGGAACAAUUGAUUAAUUGCUGUUUAUUUCUUAAUAGAGGAUUAUGGGAUGUUGGCUUCUUGGAGUCAGCAGGUAUUUCCUGUUUGGAGCAUGCGGGGGAAGGGUCACUCAUUCCAGUUCUCUAUAUACAGUCAAUGGUCAAACAUGACUGAUUUGACUGAAGAAAGAUUUAAAAACAGCAAUCUGAGAGUUGAAACUUAAAAGCAGAAAAUUUGAAACUGAAGAGAACAUAAAGGUUAUUUUAUAAUUGCAGAAAUCAGUGUUCGGUUUUUCAAAGUCUGUUUUCAUUUUUAUUCAUGUUGAGUUUUAACACCAGUUUUCCAGUUUCAAAUUGUUGUAUUUCAGUUUUCAAAACCCCGGAGCCAUACGUUUAGCAGAAAACAGAUCUCUAUAGUGAGCAGCUGGAGAGUCAACACGGCACAGUCUGGAAUUUCUGUCAGGAGCUUGUUCAGUGCCAACCAGAGCACGCAGGCAAAGGUGAAAUAAGGGGAAUCCUUCCAGGUGCAAAUCAAAUUAACUCUGGAAAGCUUCCAAUGCCUUAAAGUGCCCU